AAAGAGGAAUUGCGCAAGAGGGAAGAGAGGUCGGCCUCCGGAGCAAGGUGUCAGUAGAUAUAGCACCGGCCACAUCUGCCCAGAGGCAUCACCGGCACUCAGCUUCUCCAGCCCUCAGCAGGACACACAGCCCCAGGUCACUCUUCGGAGCACGAUGAAGCUUUCCACUGGACUCUUUCUCUGCCUUCUGGUCCUGGCCGUUGAGGGCCAAAGUUGGACGUCAUUCAUCAGGCAAGCCGGGCAAGGGACUAAAGACAUGUGGCGAGCCUACCGGGACAUGAGAGAGGCCAAUUACAAAAACUCAGACAAGUACUUCCACGCUCGAGGAAACUACGAUGCUGCCCGAAGGGGACCUGGAGGUGCCUGGGCUGCCAAAGUGAUCAGUGACGCCAGGGAGGGAAUUCAGAGAUUAACGGGCCACGGAGCAGAAGACUCGAGGGCCGACCAGUUUGCCAAUGAAUGGGGCCGGAGUGGCAAAGACCCCAACUACUUCCGGCCUGCAGGUCUGCCCAGCAAGUACUGAGCUUUCUCCUUGCUCUGCUCUCAAGAAAAUGCAGCUGUGGGGCUGGGAAGUUAGCUCACCGGUGCCACCGCCUGCCUUGCUUGGGAGUGCAAGGUCUGAAAUUCGAUCCCCAGUACUAAAAAAAAAAAAAAAAAAAAAAAUCCAGCUGUGAACUCCUGAGGGCUGGGACAUUUGUUGAACUACUUGCUUAAUUUGAUUUCCCUAGUACAUAACAUAGAUCACACAAAAAUGUUCAAUAAAUGUUUGUGAAAUUCAA